AUGACAGACCCGAGGUUCCCCCUGCCUGGCCUCGACCGUGGACAGCGCAUCGUGGCCUCGGUCAUCGAGGCCAGAGCACGCAGGCCCUCAGAUCGUCCGUGGGUCUCGAUACCCGUCAAUGAUCAAGAUCUCUCGCAGGGAUACAAAGACCUGAGCUUUUGGCAACUGAACAACUACGCCAAUCAUGCGGCGCAGUGGCUGAGCGAGAAUCUUCCUCCCACAACAGAAAAAUUCCAAUGCUUUGCCUAUGCAGGCCCCAAGGACCUGCGCUAUCCAAUUCUGGCAGUUGCGGCGGCGAAGCUGCAGAAAGUGAUGGUUAUGCCAUCUCCACUGAUUCCACCCCCGGCACAGAUGCGUAUCUUCAACGCGAAGGGCUGUUCGAUUUAUCUACGGCCAGCGUCGUUAACAGACCAAGUGGCGAAGAUACUGCAGGAUGCCCCGCAGUUCCAGGUGCUCACGGUUCCUGAAAUUGAGGAAUUUAUGAAUGAUGAAGAGGCACCCUCGUUUGUUUAUCCCAAGACCUGGGAAGAGGGCCAUCAAGACCCGUGGAUGGUGUUCCACUCCUCGGGCACCACCGGGAACCCCAAACCUCUUACUUGGACACAGAAUAUGGCGGCAACCACGGACAUCAUGGCUUCUCAGCCGGACCUCGAAGAGUCCGUGCUGCACCGUUUUGCCAAAAGUAGAUGGUACACGCCGCUGCCCUCAUUGCACGUGGUAGGGACAAUGAUGGUCCUUGCGAUGACGACGUUCCUCGAAACCACCCUUGUUAUCGGACCCCCCAUCCUGCCAACAGCGUCCCUGAUCGUCGACCUUCUGCACUACGGACGCGUGGACGGCGCCUUCCUCACACCCGCACUCACCGAAGAAAUGUGUCUGACCGACGGCGGCCUCAAAGCUCUCCGGAAUCUCAAGUUCUUGCAUUACGGAGGAGCCCCCCUCUCCAACAAGACCGGCGAGAAACUGAUCUCGCACAUCCAAGUCGUUCCCACAGUCGGCAGCAGUGAAGCGGGCCUGUACCUGACCCGCCUGCAUGACAAAUGGGAUGCCUGGGAGUACAUCAGCUUUCAGAAACACGCCUGCGCCAAGUUAGAACACCGGUUUGGCGGCUUACACGAGCUGGUCUUUGUCCGCCAGCCGGACACCAUGGUGCCCAUGAUCUUCCAGAUGUUCCCGGACCGGGAUCGCUACGAAUCGAGUGACAUGCUCGUCGAGCACCCGAUGUACAAGGGCUUGUGGAAGCUGAUCGGCCGGAGCGAUGACUGGCUGUCGUUUAGCCACGGUGAUGGCAUGCAUGCUUCAUUGGUCGAGCCUGAUAUCGAGGCUCACCCGGCCAUCAAGUCCGCUCUGAUUGGAGAAAACGGUCGUCCAGCCCCAGUGCUCCUCGUGGAAUUGCUACCGGGCGUGGUCGCGGAGGACGGCAAGGAUCAUUUUCUGGCUUCUCUGCUUCCCUAUAUUGAAAGGGCCAAUGAGCGCUGCCAUGAUUGCGUGAAGCUCUCUUCGGCUCGGUUGAUUGUGGCACCGAAAGAGAAGCCAUUUGUACGCAGCAUCAAGGGGAAUGUGGUAAGACUGCUGACGUUAGAGCUAUAUAAAGAUGAAAUCGCGGCAGUAUUUGAAUGA